GAGAGGCGGCUGUGGAAAGAAGCGCUCCUGAUUCUCAACCAUCAGCCAAACUGCACCAGGUGAAUAUCUGCACACAACAGCGGCGACACCAGAACAACACAAGGCAAGAAACCCUUCAGACAUCUUGUGUUUUUCUGUUUUUUUUCAUUUUUAUUUCCUGUUUGUUUGGUAUCGAAACGGUGGGUGAAACUCAGAGACCGACAAGCAGGUGUCAGAGUGUUAGACAGCAGAAAAGAUGGGAAGAAAGAAAAUACAAAUAUCUCGUAUUCUGGACCAGAGGAAUAGACAGGUGACUUUCACCAAGCGUAAGUUCGGUCUGAUGAAGAAGGCGUACGAGCUGAGUGUGCUGUGUGACUGCGAGAUCGCCCUCAUCAUCUUCAACAGCACCAACCGUCUGUUCCAGUACGCCAGCACGGACAUGGACAAAGUGCUGCUCAAGUACACCGAGUACAGCGAGCCGCAUGAGAGUCGCACCAACACGGACAUACUGGAGACUCUGCGCAGGAAAGGCCUCGGUCUGGACGGCUCGGAGCUGCUCGACAGUGAGGAGAGCAUGCAGGUGGCUGCAGAGAAAUAUCCUCUCAGCGAGGGCAUGGAUCUCUCGUUGGCUCGGCAACGCCUCUACGCUCCGACGCUCCUCUCACCGGAGGCCCAGUUCCUGGUGUCUGCAGGCUGUGAGAACGGCUUCCCAAACUCCUCCGGAUCCAGCAUGGCGUCCCACAGACCGCCGGGCUUUAAAUCUCUGAGCUCCAGACCCGGCUCUGCCAGCCCCGCUGCGCCUCACGCACACACUGCAUUCAUGUCUCCACACUCAGGCAUCGGCUACUCCGUGUUCUCCCACGGCAACCUGAAUCGAGCCCUGGAGAUGAAAAGCCCUCCUCCUCUGAACCUGGGCAGUGAGAACCUGCGGGGGGAUCCUGCUAAUCAGGGCAUGGGGUCCACACGUGCUAACAACAACUCCGCUAGGGGGGUCUUGUACCAGGGCCUGCACAGCAGCAGCUCCAUGGUAGCCAUGGGCAAGGCCGGCCUUCUGGGUCACAGCUUGGGAGGCUACGGCCUCCCCUCUCCUGGAGCGUCUGAGUACAGCCAACCUGGUUUUUAUCACUCCGUUAGUCUACAACGAGGAGCAGUGAACCCCUGGCAGCAAGCACAGCCGCUUCAGGAGCCCCAUGGGCCUCAUAUUAGCCCAGGGAUGUCCAGUGGAGGGUGCUCCUUCCCCUCCCAGUCUUGCUCCUCCACCUCCCCACACAUGCCCUCCCUCAACCUCAGCAUCAAAUUGGAGCGUAGCUCUCCGGAGCACAUGUCCUCACCCGCCUCCCCUCCUCUGCACCACCUCAGGCAGCACUCUCCAAUGAGCAACCCCGAUUCGUCUCGCCAAACCCCUCCAGAAGCCCGUCUGGCCAAUGAUACGAAGGACUUUCCCAAAGCCGGCUACCCGCAAGACGAGGAGGACGGAGGGCAGCCGAUCAGGCAGUUAGAGAUAAGUGAUGGGUGGCAGAGAUAGCUGGCUGCUGCAGUCUAACACCAUCUCCCGUUCAAUCAGCUACCUUUCAUCAAAACCAGUGCUCUCUUACACACACACACACACACACACACACACACACACACACACACACACACACACACACACACACACACACACACACACACACACACACACACACACACACACAUAUAUAACACAGAAGGUAGCGAGAUGGGGUCCAUUUGUCCCCGUCAUCCCAGAGAGGAAAGCCUCUCUUUGUCUCCUCACACAGAGCUGGUCUCUCCUGGGCGAGGGAGAAUUUUUCUCUGCAUCACUUGAUUGAUCCCACGAGGAGACGAGAUGCAUAAACAUUUUUCUUUUUGUUUGGUUAGGUUUAGUUUUCUGUGUGGAGCUAAUGUGAAUCAAAAAUUACAAUUUGAAAUGUGUUUGUUUUUCGUUUUUCGUUGACUUUGUUUAGAUUAGCUACAGCGGCACAUCGGGACCAGCUACCAGUACAUAUUUGGCUUUCCCAGUGGUCUUCAGUGAGGUUUGGUGUGAAAAUUGGAAAAAAGCUAUUUUCGUAUAAAUGUUUCAGUGAAAAGCAAAUGGCAGAUGUUAAAAGACUCCUCACACCAGCCAGAAGAAACCACUUAGUCUGUAUCUACAGUCAAUUUUAUGCCUCUCUUGUUAUAUAAGCUUUGAUGUUUUAACCUUUAGCCCAAAUCACUGACAUGGUCUCCGCACAUAAAAACAGACGUCACCCAUCACUGGAGCCUUGGCCUUUUUACAAAUACUCUUUUACUCCUUUACCAUUUUAAAGGAUUAAUUCACAUUCUUUCAAGUCUGUCUUAAAACAACAUUACGUGCCCAUAUGUACACUGAAAACGUUUUUGAUCACUGAAAUUCUUCUUCCUGACCAUAAUUGCGGUGAAAAUAUCCCUUCAUAAUGAAAUUCUAAUGUUAAAAAAAACAUUUUGGGGGGCUAAAUCCACAGUCUGCAGUCUAGAAUUCAGCUAAUUUUAGGCUUCAAUAAUUUGAAUCAGUCAAAUCAAGUUGUUAUCUUGGAAAUGUUAUGUGUAGGAUUACUGAAUGGGCCUACUGGGCACAGGCCCAGAGGCCCGAUGUGUCAGGGCAUUCACCUACAAAAUGUUACUCAAAGAAACAGAUGCCAACUAGGAAGUGACUCAAAAUGAUCACAAAGAAACAAAAAUAGCGAGACCAAAAAGGGACUCAAAGAUGACAACCACAAAGAGACACAAAGAGACACGAUGCAAUCACAAAGUGACUACAAAGAGACACAUUGCAACUUUAAUGAGAUACAAAAUGACUAAAGGGACUGAAAAUGACCACAAAGAGACCUAAGGCAACUUUAAAAAAGACUCAAAAUGACUAAAUAGAAAAUAAAUUACUAAAAGGAGGCAUAAGGCAACUUCAAAGACAUUUAAAAAGACUAAAGAGACUCAAAAUGACCACAAAGUGACACCAAAUGACUAAAGAGACUCAAAAUGACCACAAAGUGACACCAAAUGACUAAAGAGACUCAAAAUGACCACAAAGUGACACCAAAUGACUAAAGAGACUCAAAAUGACCACAAAAAAAGCUCAAACAUCUAUAAAGUCUGUGUGUCUUGCUCCUACUGUAUGUAUGAGAGGUGGUGAGGCCUUUUGCUUGUCUGUUCCCAGGUUGUCUCAUAAUCCGCCCGUCGGUUGAGGGAUAGACUAUUCUAAUUUAUUUGUGGAGCACAAUCGUAUACUGAAGGCAAACUGCUUUAGUAGUUUGUACUUAUAAUAAUGCAAUUUUGCAAGAUUUCAACUUAGUUUAUCUCAGAUUGCUUUAAGCAUCAUAUAAACUCCAGAUUAAUAAAAAAACAUUUUUUUUUACAGAAGGACGACCAACGUCUUUCUGUACAUUAGAAUCACAUUGAGCAGAUAAUCACGGUCUAAAAGUACAUAUGGAUAUGAAGUUUUUUUUUAAGACAGACUUAAAAUAUAAUAUGAAUUUAUCCUUUUAAAUUCUGGGCGUCAGUGUCUCUCAGGGACUUGGAUGAUAUUUUCCUUGGAAAAUUAAAAAAAUGGCUUCUUUCUAUGCUUAUUUGUUAGGUUGUAAUUGUGGAUAAACUAAGCUUUAAAUGUAUAUUUCCUCCAAAUAAUACUAGCUUCUAUUUUUAACUUUACCCUGUCAAUAAAGUUACGGCAGUCUACAACUAAAGACCAAAGUGUUUAAAUAUCGUCUCUAUGCAUUGCAAUCAAACAGCCAAAGACAUGAUGUGUUUGUCUGUAUUGGGUCUAAUUUGAUUUAAAUAAUAUAUUUAAUUUGAAGGGCUUUAAUUAGGAGCUGCAUAUUGUAGAUAAUAUUGAGCUUUACUGACUUUAUUGUCUUAUGAUAUUUAGAAAUAUAUGAAUGAGUCUAAAUAUUCAUUAAAAAAAAUACACAAUUUUUUUUAUUGAGGAAAGUUUGGUUUUCAUUAUAUCAGUAAAUGUUCUUUACACUGUAUUUUUGUGCACUGGAUUUAUGUGCAUUUUAGUUUUGCAUGUUCAACUUUUUGUUCUGCAACAUAUACUCAGAAUUUGGGAUUGAAUGAAUUUCCACUUAUUGUCCACAAGGGGUCAUUUGAUUUCACAAAAUUCUGAUUUAAAGUGCAGAGCAUGGAAGAACAGCUUUAACUGUUGGAGAUUAAUAAUCUAAUAAAUCUCUAUGACAGAACACAAAUUCAGAGGUUCACCCCGAAGACGUUUAACACAUACCUCACGACAAACUGCAGAGAGUCUGUGCGGACGUCUUCAAGUUCAAGUGCUGCUGUGGAAUUAGCUCUUUUUACAUUUUUUUUAAAUGCAGUUAUUUGGAUUAAUAUCAGCAUGAAUAACCAAAUGAUCAGUAUUCUGAUGUUUUUGGGGGGUUGAGUUUUUAUAUGUUUGCUGAACGCUUCACUCAAAAGAAACAAAGACAGAUUUCUAUUUGACAUUUGUUGUGAUUCCUUUUAAAUAAAAAAAAACGGUUUG